AUGUGGAAGGGACGCGCAACGCUAAGCGCUGCCCUCGUCCGCUGGAGCUCCAGGAGAGCUGCACGUGGAGGUCACAACGCCUGCGCUCUGCCGGCCGCCCCCGCCACUGCUUCACAUGUAGUCGUCUCUCUUGUGAAAAACUAUCCAAACUAUCUGAUUAUUAAUCUGGAUAAGCUUGACUACUGUGCAAGCUUGAAGAAUCUUGAAACUGUCUCUGAGAAGGAAAACUACAAGUUUAUCCAGGGAGAUAUUUGUGAACCUGAUUUUAUAAAACAGCUCUUUGAAACUGAGAAAAUAGAUAUAGUCCUUCAUUUUGCAGCCCAAACACAUGUAGAUCUUUCAUUUUGGCGUGCCCUGGAAUUCACCUAUGUGAAUGUUUAUGGCACUAAUGUGCUGGUUGCUGCUGCACAUGAAGCCAAUGUGGAGAAGUUUGUCUAUGUUAGUACUGAUGAAGUAUAUGGAGGUAGCACUGAUGAGGAAUUUGAUGAAUCCUCACCAAAACGUCCAACAAAUCCCUAUGCCUCCUCUAAAGCAGCUGCAGAGUGUUUUGUUCAGUCUUACUGGGAAAGGUACCAAUUCCCAGUUGUUAUCACACGGAGCAGUAAUGUUUAUGGACCACACCAGUAUCCAGAAAAAGUUAUUCCAAAGUUUAUAUCUUUGUUGCAACAGAACAGAAAAUGCUGCAUUCAUGGUUCUGGACUUCAAAGAAGGAAUUUCCUUUAUGCAACUGAUGUAGUAGAAGCAUUCCUUACGGUCCUGAAGGAGGGGAAGCCAGGAGAAAUUUAUAAUAUUGGAACUAACUUUGAGAUGUCCAUUGCCCAGCUUGCUAAGGAGUUAAUCCGUUUAAUAAAGAAGACCAGUUCAGAAUCUGAAAUGGAGCACUGGAUGGAUUAUGUCAAAGACAGACCUACCAAUGACCUGAGAUACCCGAUGAAUUCAGAAAAAAUGCAUAACUUAGGAUGGAGACCUAAAGUGCCUUGGAAAGAAGGAAUAAAGAAAACAAUUGAAUGGUACAAAGAAAACUUCCACAACUGGAAAAACUCAGAGAAAGCUUUGGAGCCCUUUCCUGUGACAGAGCCAUUUGCACAGCUCAGUGGUCCAUAGGGUGACGGUGAACCUGAAGGAGUUUAUUCUACCUCAUACAGUCUUUACUUUGAAGCCUGCAAUCAAGUGGCCGUGCUGAACUCUUAAUGUAUUCAAGAUAGAUGAACCAUGAUGAAUACAGAACUACAGUACGGCACAACUUUGCAAGGGUUUCAGCACUUUACAAAUUGAACCUGUUACUUUCAGCUUUUGGUGCAAUAGUAUGUUCUCACUAGGUAUUGAUAUUAAAGAACUGUACAGGAUGAAGAAUAUUUAUAAUGCCAUAAAUUAGUGUAACUGAUGUCAAAUCUGCCUUAUUAAUUUAGAAUAAUUAAUUGCGAUUACAGCUUUUGGGACUUUCAGUGAAAUUUGUUUUCGUUCUGGAAUUGUUCAUCUGUAUUAGUCUGUUUUUACAGUGUAUUAUAUUAUUUUUGUCACUUUAAAGAGUUGUACUUUAUUUUUAAUCAAGGGGAAAA